AUGCAAAAAGAACCAGUAAUUGAUGUUAAGAAGCCUAUAAAUGAAAAUGUGGCAAAUGUAGCGGCUAAUGUCUCACAUGGUCAUGCCACAACAGAAACUGGCGGUAUACUCAACCCUAUUCGGAGAAUUUCCGAUGCAUUCGCAAAGACCAUACAUGUAAUCCAGGAAGAUAUGCAUCCACAUAGUCAUCACAACACAACUGCUACGAUAUCAUCAGAGCAUGCUGUGCCACCAACUGCUGAACAGCAGGGAGGGCGUCGAGUAUCUGACAUUGAACAUCUGUGGGAAACUUCACGAAAGAUGAAUUUCAACGACGAAUUCUAA